UUUGCUGUGUUUCUUUUUUUUUUCUAUUCAAACAUCACAAUAAAAAUCAUCUGUUUUACAGUUGUUUAGGAUCAAUCUUAUGCAGAUGUGAAGUUUCGGAAUAAUUCAUCAAAAAUUUGGUCGUGUUUUGAUGAUAAUGGUAUUUCAGAUAAAAAAAACUUCUAUAUUUGUUGGUAUAUCUAGACAGAAGUUUAAUAAACAAGAAAAUAUGUUUUAGCAAUAUUUCUGCUAUAUAAUUCAAAGGAUUUUAUGCAAAUAAGUCGUAUGGAGAUAUUGUUUUUUGGUAAAAAAAAAAAACUAUUUUCAGUUUGCUUGUAAAAAUUAUUCGAUAAACAGAGAAACCGAUAAUGUUUCAAAAAAAAAACAGAGUAACUGAUAAUUCUACGCGAACAUUAACACAUGGCUCGUCUCUUUUCGCGUGCCACUUAUCUAAAUGUAGAUCACAUAUUCGUGUGCUCUCAUACGAGAGUACGAACCCACAACGAGGACAGGGCAUGGGGGAUACGAAACCAUCAACUAGUGUCACAGCACCCUUGCAUUAAAAUUGUCUUUAUCUAGAAGCUUUCUACAGUGCAUUAGUCCAGAUAACUCUAAGAAGAAACGAUUCCCAACUUUCACCUAGAAAAUCUCCUUGCGCGUAAUACCCCCAAAUAUCCUCCCAAACCUAACUCUUCGCGACUCCGCCGUCACGACCUCCGUUUGCCUCUCCGGCGCCAAUCGGCGUUGCGAGAGGGCCCCUACUGCUCCCACCUUGUCCAUAUUCCUCUCCGGCGUGGUUGAUGUUGGUGAGUGACUCUGCACUUGGUUUUCUUCGGCGUGCUCCGUCGAAAGUUUGAGAUGUGCUUCGAGUUCUGGAGCCCUAGCGACUGCUCCAUCUCUCUGAACCUCUCUUAGCCAGGUUAUGUGUCGCCUCUGCCAGCUUCUGUGUUAUCUCGUCGGUGUGGUUCCUUAACGUCGCUUUGUGGCUAUCUCCAUCAAAGGCUAUCUCGGGUGGCUCCGCUUGAGUUUUGAGGUCUCGGGACUUCUAGCACCGAUGAGGAAAUGACACGUUCGUAUCUUCGAAGGUUCAAGCUUAAGUGAUUCUGCUAAUGAGUGUAGCUUUAGGUUAAACAGAUAUAGGUAACAGAGUUUCUUCGGAUUCCUUGUGCUCGGGGUUCGCUUUGCUACUAGAGGAGGUAGUAAGGCCCAUGAGUGGUGAUGCUGCCCCUUGUUCGAUACCGGCUUAGAGGACGAGUACGGAUUGUGCAAGUUGAGCGCUAGUAAGCUUUUGUGGUUAGUGUUGUCCCGUCUUUUGCUGGAACUUGGUUCAGUUCAUUGUCCCUGCUCGGAUCUAGAGGGCAGUCCUUGAGCGGGCGUGGUUCUGCUCUUCUGAGGAAUAGUAAACUGUUCGGCUGUGAUUGUAAGACUGAUAAUGAGAAGUCUAAUGGCGAUGAUGAGAGAAGUAGUGAAUACUCUUUUGUGAAUGCUCUUAGUAUGAGCGGAGGAGAUGGAGACAACAGUUACUCAACCAAUUCUAUUCUUCAGAAAAGAGUUUUAUCAAGGACCAAAAGAGUGUUGGUUGAAAACACCAAAGAAAUGAUGAAAAAGUUGGACUUUCCUAGAUGCAUUAAAGUAGCCGACUUGGGAUGUUCAUCCGGACAAAACACAUUUUUGGCGAUGUCUGAGAUCGUCAACACAAUCAAUGCAUUAUGUAAAGAGUCGAACAAAAACCCACCAGAGAUAGAUUGUUGUCUGAAUGAUCUCCCUAGUAACGAUUUCAACACAACUUUCAAGUUCAUAACUUCCUUCAACAAGAAGCUCACAAGACAAGGAUCGUGCUUCGUGUCUGCAGUACCUGAUUCCUUUUACUCGAGGCUCUUCCCUCGCAAGAGUCUCCAUCUCGUACAUUCAGUUUACAGUAUUCAUUUUCUCUCUAAGGUUCCGGAUGGUCUGGAGAAUAACAGGAUGAAUGUGUACAUAACAAGUUCAAGUCCUCUAAGUGAACACAAGGCUUACCUGAAUCAAUUCCAGAAAGAUUUUAAGACAUUUCUGAGAAUGCGUUCUGAAGAGAUGGUAUCUAGUGGACGCAUGGUUCUCACGUUAAUUGGCAGAAAGACUCUUGAUGAUCCAUUGUAUAGGGAUUGCUGUCACUUUUGGACACUGUUAUCCCAAUCUCUUCAAGACCUAGUUUUAGAGGGUGUUGUGAGUGCAUCGAAGGUGAGUUCGUUCAAGAUGCCGUUUUAUGAUCCGAGCAUAGAAGAAGUGACAGAUCUUAUAAGAAAAGAGGGUUCCUUCAAAAUAAAUAACUUGGAGACACAUGGAUUUGAUCUUGGUCAUAGUGUUGAAGACUGUAGCUUGCAAUCACAUGGAGUUAAAGCAGGGCAAAAAGAAGCUAGUUGCAUAAGAGCAGUGACUGAGAGGAUGCUCGUUGCUCACUUUGGAGAUGACAUCAAUAUUGAUACAUUGUUUAACAAGUAUGCGCUUCGUGUGUCUCAGCAUGCAAGCUGUAGGAUCAAGACGAGUGUCUCUCUAGUCGUUGCGUUGAUCCGGAAAUAACUUUUGUUAUGUAUUGAUGAUUAACUUUAAAGUACUCAAUGGCUUGUAAUUUGUGUCAUGUAUUGUUGUUUUAUUUUGUAAAUGUGGAUUUGUGAACGUGCGACCCUGAAAUAGACACGAGAUUAAGUAAGGGCUCACACACACUCGAUAAUGAUCCUUAAUUAUAAAUAAGCUUAGAGAAA